CGGCAAGCCACUGCUUUUCAUUCAUUCAACUCUCGAUACAGUUCGAAGCAGCUUACCGAGCACCGUUGCCGAGUCUACCGAGAUUUCCUCGCUAAUUCCCCGAAUUAUUUCUCUUCUUUUUUCGUUUUUCGAAAAGAUUUUCGUGUUUUUUUCUGUUUAAAUCGUGGUUUAUUUGGAUUAAAAUGGAGAAAGCCAGUUUUAACGUUGACUAUUCGAAAUUUAUUAACCUGAGAGCGUCGAGAAGAAGACCUGCCCUAACUAGAGAGCUGACCAAGAGACAAUAUGGAGCACCAAAGGAAUCCAUCUCACUGGCCGAAGGUAUGCCCAACGAGGUUACUUUUCCCUUCCAAGCGAUGAAUUUGGUGCUGAAAGACGGCACUACCAUCAGCAUUCAAGGCCAACAACUCCAUACAGCUCUACAAUACAUUCCCUCUCAAGGUUACCCAGCUCUACUGAAGAAAUUGAGAGAUUUUAUGAUGGAAAUCCAUAAUCCUCCAUGCUGGGAGGGCAGGGAUAUCAUUAUGACCAACGGAUCACAAGAAGGUAUCAGCAAGACUCUGGAAAUGUUAGUUGAAGAUGGAGACACAGUAUUGACCCAAGAUCCACUCUACGCAGGCACUGAAAUUAUUCUGAAACCGUUCAAACCGUCCCUAAUCGGUAUAGAACAAGACGAGCAUGGCAUAAUACCCAGCAAACUCAUAGAAGCCCUGGAGUGCUGUAAAGCGUACACAGAGGAGGGCGGAGGGAGAAUGCCGAAAGUCAUCUACCUAAACCCGACGGGCUCCAAUCCAACCGGGGUUACAAUGCCGCUGGAAAGACGCAAGGAGGUCUACGAUAUAUGUUGCAAGUACGACCUCCUCAUCCUCGAAGACGAUGCUUACUAUUUCCUCCAUUUCCUCGAUGAGCAUCCGGUGUCUUUCCUGUCUUUGGAUACCGAAGGAAGAGUGAUAAGAUUCGAUUCUAUGUCAAAGGUGCUGUCGUCUGGAUUAAGGUUGGCUUGGUUGACUGCUCCGAGACAGUUGGUGCAGAAUAUUGAACUGCAUAUCCAGAGCUCCAUACUGCAUCCAAGCACUUUGUCUCAGGUAAUUCUGGACAACCUUAUCACUGCAUGGGGCUUCAACGGGCUCAUUUCACACUUUGAUUACGUCAGAAGGUACUACCAAGCUCGUCGUGAUUUCACUGUAGCUUCCAUGGAACGUCACUUGAAGAAUCUCUGCGAAUGGUCCAUUCCAACUGGAGGAAUGUUCGUUUGGAUCAAGGUACAUGGUGUAGCUGACGUUUACGACAUGUUACUGUCUCGUGGUUUGAAGAAGAACAUCACCUUCGUACCUGGACACGCUUUCAUGGCUGACCCUACCAAAGCUUGCAACUAUAUCAGAGCUUCCUUCAGCAAGACUCCCCUGAAGCAGAUUGACAAGGCUAUGAAGCUGUUGGGGGAAUUAAUCAAGGAAGAGCACUUGUUGUUGCGAAGGAAGUUGGAUGGGUUAGAGAAUAAUAUACUUAGAUAGUACACUGGAAUAAUCGACAAACAGGUGUCUUAAACGCUGUACAUAUUCAUGUAUAUACCACCGGUACUCUUAGCUUAUCCGGUUUAGUAACAAGCCAAACAAGGGAAGGAUAAAUCUAUGGAGUACUUUUAUCCACCAUCAUUUAGAUAUGGGGUUUAAAACAUAUUUUUUCUUUUUUUGUUAAUUAUAAGUUCUAAUAAAUUUGAAGAGGUACAAAGUGCAAGAAGUAUUGCACAAGAGAUUGAGGAGGAGAGAUUAGAAUAACACGAGUUGAAAUGAAGAAGGAGCAUUUUGCACUCGCUAGUUUGUAAUAAUUUAAAAUAAUAUUCUUUGUAAAUAUACAUCAUGAGUUAGAAUCAUUUUUGGAGAAAUAAAGAGAAGUUUAGAAAUAUUA